AGUUCUAGUGCUAGGUGUUCAAAGUUGUUUAGGUAGUAGCAUACUUGAAGUCAAUCAGAUUCCUGGUUCUAACACCUCUUUGCACAUAGACAAAUCAUGUAAUUAUACAGUUGUAGAUGGAGUAUUCAACGGGCCCUCUUACUCUACAACUUCGUACUAUGCAGCCACUUAA